AUGGCAAUGCCUCUUCGACCUCUACACUUCCUGUCUCGCGAAGAUGGCACCCUUACGGCCCUGGUUGCCGUUGAUGAACUGCCCCAUUACGUCUCUAUCAGAGGCGUCCCUCGCACUUUGAACCACAGCGACACCCAGGGUAUGACCAGCCUUGGAACCGUCAAGUCUCGUGGGCAGUUCUACCUUAUCGACAGUGCUAUCCAGAACGCGUCCAAGUCCGUGGGAGAAAAGACAAACAAUCCUGGCCGCCAGGUGGUCACAGCAGCAGCACGCGGGUUCGAAGACUUCGACCAGCUGGCGACCGCCCCCCAAAACUCCACGACAGAUGCAUCUGCAGCCCAGCACCCAGACUGGACUCCCGUUACCACAGGUGGUACUCAGACCUCUACAAAGCAUGUACGUUGGUUUCUAUAUUCCUACAGUAAAUGGCGCUCCCUUGCGUACCUUGUCAGGCUAACGCGAAAUCAAACCAUCCAGAGCUCCGGUCAUCGCCACGGCAAAGGUGGCCAAAAUGGUAAUUCUGCCAAAAAAGAAUACUGCUCUUUCUGGCUUCGUCAUGGAGAGUGUGAUUAUCAGCAGCAGGGAUGCAUUUUCAAACACGAAAUGCCUACGGAUAAGCCCACGCUUGAUAAGCUCGGGCUCAGAGACAUCCCUCGCUGGUACCGUGAGAAACAUGGAGUCAAGGGGCUCGGGGGCGCUGGUGGGCGAAAUCGUCAUGAAGGAAACGGACGCAACUGGCGUGCUGAAAACCAUCAUCAUAGCCAUCAUCACCUCCCAGCCGCUGCUGCAAACCCAGCCGAUAGACGCGACGUUAAUGGUCACCGGGUUAUGACUACAGAGGCUCAGGCGGAAAGGCCCAGAGCUACCCCUACACCCCCACAGCAGCCUAACCUUUCUGCCCUGCCUCAUGGUCACCCAACCAUGUACAACAACAUACCCGGCACUAUCCAUGGGCCUCCUAUGGGUUUAUCUACCCCGGUAGGUUUGAACAUGAACAUGCCAGCAAACAACCCGCCUCUUGAGGGUCCGAAAUUUCCCAAUCGAUGUGAUCUUAUUUCCAUCGAUGACUUCCGGAAAACACCUACCCCUGACCACACGGUGCAGGACAAAGGUAAACCUUCGCUUGGAAAAUUCUCUGGCAAUGGCAAUCAGUCUCAUGUUAAAAUUGACCUUAUGGACCAGCCAUUCCCCACUGGUCCAGGACUACUACCAACUGUCCCAGCCACGAACUCAAACAACGUACAAGGACAGAAUACUGUACCUCACAACAACAAUCUGAUGCUUUCUCACAGCUAUGCCCCUGGUUCUCUGCCACUUCCAGGGUCAACAUCUCUUUGGACCAUAACCGGGAAUGAAGGGGAUAACUGGAACUUGCUGCCCCUUACACCCUUCUUGCCUGUUACAGGGGCUCCUCCUGUUAACCAGCAGUCCAUCGGCCAGGGAACUCAGAUCAAGAAAAAGCCCCAGCGCUCUCGUCGACUCUACCAGCGCAGACCAUCUAUCGAUGGUAACGAUGGAACUGAUGAGGAAAAGCACUUGCGAGCAACAAACAUUCCCCCAAUCAACACUGCCAUAACUAACCUGGACUUCAAGGGCCCUGUAUCAAGGGCAAUCUCGCCUUGCUUUUCCUCCCAUCCCCAGUCUGGCAGCUAUGCUUCUUCCCCUUGCUCGCCCCGUUCUGGACUGACUACCACCCGUUUCCCUGACAAUUUCGAAUUUCGUGGAAAUGGCAAUCACAGAUACGGGAGCCGUGGAUCUCCAAACUCCACCCAAUCGACCCAGACCAACCGAGGAAUCAAUUAUGAUUUGUUUGAUCUUGGGCUAAACAACCCAAUUACCCUUACUGCCAAACACAUCUAA